AUAUCGGGAGGAAAAAUUAAGAGGUAUGCUGGAAAAGAUUCAGGAAAGGUGAAAGCAAAGGCUAUCUCCCGUUCUUAUCGGGCAGGACUUAAGUUUCCCGUUGGUCGCAUUCAUCGGUACUUGAAAACACGAACUACCAGUCAUGGCCGCGUAGGAGCAACGGCUGCUGAGUACUUUGCUGCCAUCUUGGAAUAUUUAAAUGCAGAAGUUCUGGAGUUGGCAGGAAAUGCCUGUAAGGACUUGAAAGUGAAACGUAUCACGCCACGUCACUUGCAACUCGCCAUCCGUGGAGAUGAGGAACUGAACACCUUAAUAAAGGCCACCAUUGCCGGUAGUGGUGUGAUUCCACACAUUCACAAGUCCCUGAUCGGUAAAAAGAUCCCACCAGCAAAAUCACUGGGCAUAUCAGGAAAAGGAUCACAGUUCUCGUAA